AUGGGAAAUACAAUUGUGGGUGGUACAGGGGACAUAGGAAAUACAAUUGUGGGUGGUACAGGGGACAUAGGAAAUACAAUUGUGGGCGGUACAGGGGACAUAGGAAAUACAAUUGUGGGUGGUACAGGGGACAAAGGAAAUACAAUUGUGGGUGGUACAGGGGACAUAGGAAAUACAAUUGUGGAUUGUACAGGGGACAAAGGAAAUACAAUUGUGGGUGGUACAGGGGACAUAGGAAAUACAAUUGUGGGUGGUACAGGGGACAUAGGAAAUACAAUUGUGGGUGGUACAGGGGACAUAGGAAAUACAAUUGUGGGUGGUACAGGGGACAUAGGAAAUACAAUUGUGGAUUGUACAGGGGACAUAGGAAAUACAAUUGUGGGUGGUACAGGGGACAUAAGAAAUACAAUUGUGGGUGGUACAGGGGACAUAGGAAAUACAAUUGUGGGUGGUACAGGGGACAUAAGAAAUACAAUUGUGGGUGGUACAGGGGACAUAGGAAAUACAAUGAUGGGUGGUACUGUGGACAUAGAAAAUACAAUUGUGGAUGGGGAUUUCGACUGGUUCGUCGACAAAACAACGGUGUUUCAGCUGCGCUACUCAAACAUCGCCAUUGGUAAGGUUCACUGA